GCCAGCUCGAAGUCGCAUCAGUCUACAGACCAUCGUCUCUGCCCGCGUUCACCUUCAUCGCAACACGAAACCCUUUUUAUAUCCUUCUAUUAAAGCGAACUUGACUAUUCGCGUGCCCUGCGCAAACAACCUAUCUCGAAUAACGUGAAAUUCCACCUGCUAUAACUCGAAAAUGUCUGCAAGCCCGUCUCCAUCCGCUGGUGGCGAAAAGCAGUCCGACCAGAUUCAUUUUCGCUUCUGUCGUGAAUGCUCCAACUUGCUCUAUCCGAAAGAAGACCGCGUCAACAACCGGUUGAUGUUCACCUGCCGAACCUGCCACGUCGGCGAACCCGCUACCUCGUACUGUGUUUACCAAAACAAGCUGCACAGUCAAGUGGGAGACACUGCUGGUGUCACUCAGGAUGUGGGAUCUGAUCCUACGCUUCCCCGAUCCAACAAGCUCUGCCCGAGCUGCGGUGAAACCGAAGCAGUGUUUUUCCAGUCCCAACAGCGAUCAGCAGAAACUGGAAUGAAACUCUACUACGUCUGUUGCGCAUGUGGUAAUGUCUACAUAUGAUUGUGUCCCUUACUUUUUCACGGCUUCGAUACCCGAUAUU